GUUGAUCUUGAAGCUGGAGGUUUUGAUUUCCUUUUGACUUUUAUAUGGUAUGGACGUUGGUGCAACCCAGCUCGUUUCCUUAAAGCCCAGCACGUUUGCAAUCGAUUGCGUCCACGAAGAAGCACAACGGGUUUCAGCAUCGAAAUAGUCCAUCACGAUCAUCAUCACCGUGGGUCCGAUAACAACAGUCGAGAAUCUUGAGCGCGACAAGAUCGCUUGGUCAAGACGGGAUCGCCACUCAUGGCGACGCGAACCAUCUAUUUUGGUCGCUUCAUAUCCGCACCGACACCGGAUGACCUCUUGAUCCAGACUGGUGCUGUCCUUGUUUCAAGUAAUGAUGGGAGGGGCAUCAUUGAGAAGACGGACUGGACAGUCAAUGGACCUAGCGAUGCACUGAGCAAGUUUGGGGUCGAGGUGCCCGUGGUCACCGCCCCCGACAAUGGAUAUUUCUUUCCUGGUUUCAUAGAUACACACAUUCAUGCACCUCAAUAUCCCAACGCCGGCAUCUUCGGCAAAUCCACUUUGCUCGACUGGCUCACCACAUACACUUUCCCUCUCGAAUCAUCUUUUGGCAACACGAAUUCUCCCAUGUAUGCCGAUGCCACAACGCCCCCAGACCCGCUCGCCCGUGCCCGUGCUGUCUACAAACGCGUCAUUGCCCAGACGUUGGCCCAGGGGACGACAACGGCAUCGUAUUUUGCCACCAUUCACGUGGAGGCCACCAACUUACUCGCAGACAUUGCUUUUGACAAAGGUCAGCGGGCGUAUAUCGGUCGGGUCUGUAUGGACCGGCCAGAAAUGUGUCCAGAUUACUACAGGGACGAAAGUACCGAGGCAUCGAUCGCUAACUCCAAGGCCAGCAUCGACUAUUGUCGAAAACUUGAUCCCAGUGGAGAUUUACUUGCCCAUAUCAUCACGCCGAGGUUUGCACCUAGUUGUUUGGAGGAAACGCUGAAGCAGCUGGGAACCUUGGCUAAUGAUGAGGAUCUCCGUGUUCAAACACAUAUCUCGGAAAAUGUCAACGAGGUCAAGCUUGUCAAGGAACUGUUUCCUGACAGGAAGAGUUAUACGGAUGUCUACGACCAUGCGGGUCUAUUGACCGGAAAGACAAUUUUGGCUCAUGCCGUGCACAUGAGCAAAGAAGAAUUGGAAACUAUUCGAGAGAGGAAGAGCAAGAUCAGUCAUUGCCCUGCAAGUAACAGUGCACUUGGGAGUGGUUUCUGUCAGGUGAGGGAAAUGCUGGAUUUGGGAAUCGAGGUUGGACUGGGAACAGAUGUCAGUGGUGGAUACAGCCCAAGUAUACUCGAUGCGGUACGAAAUGCUUGUAUUGUCAGUCGGCACGUUGGCUAUCUCAAGGGCGGUGACAGUCGGUACAACCUAGGGGUGGCGGAAGGACUGUGGCUGGCCACUGUCGGAGGGGCAAAGGUUGUCAGCAUGGAAGGGCGGCUCGGCAAAUUUGAGGAGGGUAUGUUGUGGGAUGUACAGGAGAUUGUUCUAGGAGAUGUCGACGCGCAUGGCGAGGGUCAGGACAAUGGAGUGGAUGUCUUUGGGUGGGAAAAUUGGGAGGAUAGAGUGGCCAAGUGGGUUUGGAACGGCGACGAUCGCAGUGUGAGCCGGGUGUGGGUUGGUGGCAGAUUGGUCCACCAGAGGGUUUGAUUCAAGCAAGCGACUGAAGUCUGGGAUCACGACAUAUACGAAAUUGUAUUGUUUUAUUGAGAGAUAACAAUCAGUCUGAGACGGCACGGAUGGAUCAGAAAUGCGCAGCCUGAUCACGUGGUUAUAUCAGG